AUGGAGCGCGCCGCGCCCUCGCGCCCCGUCCCGCUGCCGCCGCCGCUGCUGCUGCUGCUGCUGCUCGGCGGCCUCCCGCUGCUGGCCGCCCGAGUCGGUGCAGAUGUCUCCAUGGAGGCUUGCUGUACAAAUGGACAUCAGAUGGCCACUCAGCACAGGGACUGCUCGCUGCCCUACACCUCGGAAUCCAAUGAGUGCAGGAUGGUGCAGGAGCAGUGCUGCCACAGCCAUCUGGAGGAGCUGCACUGUGCCACUGGCAUCAACCUGGCCAACGAGCAGGACAGCUGCUCCAUGCUGCACAGUAACAACACCAGCCUGGAGGCCAUGUUUGUAAAGAGAUGCUGCCACUGUUGCAUGCUGGGAAAGGUGGCCCAGGCCCGGGAACAGAGCUGUGAGCCCAGCCUCCUGGUGGGCUACCAGUGCGGGCUGGUAUUCCGCGCCUGCUGCGUGAAGGGCCUGGAGAAUUCAGACUUUGCCCCUGGGGAUGGCAGGGACCUCCAAGAACCAGCUAAGAUUCCUGAGCCCGAGGAGGAACAAGAAGACCCCUACCUGAAUGACCGCUGCCGAGGCGGCGGGCCCUGCAAGCAGCAGUGCCGGGACACGGGGGAUGAGGUGGUCUGCUCCUGCUUUGUGGGCUAUCAGCUGCUGUCUGACGGGGUCUCCUGCGAAGAUAUCAAUGAAUGCAUCACCGGCAGCCAUAAUUGCCGGCUCGGAGAGUCCUGCAUCAACACAGUGGGCUCUUUCCGCUGCCAGAGAGACAGCAGCUGUGGGACUGGCUAUGAGCUCACAGAGGACAAUAACUGCAAAGAUAUUGACGAGUGUGAGAGUGGUAUUCAUAACUGCCCCCCCGAUUUUAUCUGUCAGAAUACUCUGGGAUCCUUCCGUUGCAGACCCAAGCUGCGGUGCAAGAGCGGCUUUAUACAGGAUGCUCUAGGCAGCUGCAUUGAUAUCAAUGAGUGUUUAAGUAUCAGUGCCCCGUGCCCAGUCGGGCAGACGUGCAUCAACACAGAGGGCUCCUACACGUGCCAGAAGAACGUGCCCAACUGUGGCCGUGGCUAUCAUCUCAAUGAGGAGGGCACUCGCUGUGUUGAUGUGGAUGAGUGCUCGCCACCCGCUGAGCCCUGUGGGAAUGGACACCACUGUGUGAACUCUCCCGGCAGCUUCCGCUGCGAGUGCAAGGCUGGGUACUAUUUCGAUGGCAUCAGCAGGACCUGUGUGGACAUCAAUGAAUGCCAGCGCUACCCUGGGCGCCUGUGUGGCCACAAGUGUGAGAACACGCCAGGCUCCUAUCACUGCAGCUGCUCGGUGGGCUUCCGGCUGUCUGUGGACGGCAGGUCCUGUGAAGAUGUGAACGAAUGCCUCAGCAGCCCCUGUAGCCAGGAAUGUGCCAAUGUCUACGGCUCCUAUCAGUGUUACUGCCGGCGAGGCUACCAGCUCAGUGACGUGGAUGGGGUCACCUGUGAAGAUAUCGACGAGUGUGCCUUGCCUACUGGGGGUCACAUCUGCUCCUACCGCUGCAUCAACGUCCCCGGAAGCUUCCAGUGCAGCUGCCCCUCGUCAGGCUAUAGACUGGCUCCCAAUGGCCGCAACUGCCAAGACAUUGACGAGUGUGUGACGGGCAUCCACAACUGCUCCAUCAACGAGACCUGCUUCAACAUCCAGGGCGGCUUCCGCUGCCUGGCCUUCGAGUGCCCGGAGAACUACCGCCGCUCCGCAGACACGCCCCGCCAAGAGAAAACAGACACUGUCCGCUGCAUCAAGUCCUGCCGCCCCAACGAUGUCGCCUGUUUGCGGGACCCUGUCCACACCAUCUCCCACACCGUCGUCUCACUGCCCACCUUCCGCGAGUUCUCCCGCCCCGAAGAGAUUAUCUUCCUGAGAGCCGUCACACCGCUGUACCCUGCCAACCAGGCUGACAUCAUCUUCGACAUCACAGAAGGGAACCUGCGGGAUUCCUUUGAUAUCAUCAAACGUUAUGCAGACAGCAUUACCGUGGGUGUCGUUCGCCAGGUGAGGCGGAUCGUGGGCCCGUUUCACGCUGUCCUGAAGCUGGAGAUGAACUAUGUGGUGGGGGGUGUGGUGUCCCACCGGAAUGUCGUCAACGUGCACAUCUUCGUCUCCGAAUACUGGUUCUGAGGGCUGGUCCACGACACAGCCAAGGGUACGCCGCCCCCCAGGCCAGGGCACUGCUGCCAGUGACAGACAGCUUGGUGCCCGUUUGUACCCCUCCGGCAUUUCUUACUGUUGUGUAUUGGUCUGUAGUGUUAAACCCAGUGUAUGACGCUGAGCCGCAUUGCUAAGUCCAGCUGGUGUGCUGUGAUGAGCCCAGCUGCUCAGCAGUUUUGUUGAAAACCUUGCUUACUUUUUAAUGCGAAGAUGAAAAUUUGCUGUCUUUCUGCGCCUGUGUGCUGGGCCUCGGGCCUUGCUAAGGACCAAGAAAAGAAAGCCAAUUUCUCAAAGGGGCUGUUGGCCCCAAUGUCAAGAAGUGGCCACGUCUUUCUUGCCCUGAUUGGAUGAAAGUUGACAUUUUGAUACUUUUCCCCCCAGUUGGGUUUUGGAUGUUCUCAGUCCGUAGCUGCUGUGGAGCGGCACGUGAGAAAAUGCACAGUAAAUUCUCCCAGAGCGGCCUGACAGCACGCCUCAGGGAGCACUUAGGAGGCAGACGGAAGUUCUGUUCAAAGGAAACCUCUGGGUAAAGACGGGGCUGUUAGGUUUGUGUGUGGCCCGGUGCAUUCACGGGGAGGGGGGGGAGGGGACUGGGUUUCCCUGCACCCAGCGCCCACCUUUUCCCACAGGUGGAAAAUAAACCUUUAUGACCCUC